CUAACUUGAAGUCAGAUUCUGGCGAUGCGUGGUUCGGAGGUUUCCAAGGUGAUCCGGUCUGACGUUCGCUGGAGCAGGCACGCCGUCCGGGAUGCUGGGGAUCCUGAGCGUGUUGGAGCAGGGAAGGGCGUCGUAGGGUGGUUUUGAGAGCGCCGUCGCACCGAAUUUGCGUCUGGGACGGCGACUACGCGCGCAUGCAUUUCGCGAUGGGGCUCGUCGUGAGCCAGAACAGGUAGAGGGUGUGCGUGACCAAAAAUUUCACAAAAAUCGCGACUCUACGUUGUUGUUGUUGUGAAUUAUAAAAAUAGACAUCGCAAUGGCUGUGAAUUAUGUUCUUUAUACUUAACGCGAUAUGCUGUGCUGCUGGAUAUACUGUUUGGCUGCUGCCGUGUGGCUGCUAUCGGCUAUUAGGGGAUGCUCAUCGGCUGCUACUAAAAGAGAAGCCGAUUAUACUUUGGAUGAAUCCUAUUGGAUCGCAGAGAGCCCUGCUGGAGAAGUGGAGAGACUUCUUCGGGAAUACACCCAGAAUCAGGAGAUGGUACGAAAUAUCGGUUCCCAUUAUUAUCAGAUUAUCUAUCCUGUACAAUUGCGGCAACAUAAGAAAAUGGGAAUAUCGACUAGGGAGAUAGGGUCGUCUAAGAGAGGUCAGGGCAGUGACAGCAGCACAUCAUCUUCUGGAUUUUCCGGAAGAGGUCGUCAAACUAAAACCGGCAAGCACUUUCACCGCACCUCACUUCUCAUCAAAGCCUUCAACCACAAGUUUCGUCUGGAUCUCGAGCUUAACACGCAACUGAUAGCACCUAAUAUCGCUCAAAAACAUUAUUUAGCAAACGGGGCGGAGUACGAAUCAAAAAGGGAUAUCGAACAUUGUUACUACCACGGAACUGUACAAGACUAUCCAGGAGCGACAGCAGCUUUCCAUACUUGCAACGGUGUCAGCGGGGUAAUACACGUGGGAAACGAAACUUUUGUUAUUCAUCCGUUUUAUGGAGGAGAUCUCUCGCAGAAACAUCCUCACGUGAUUUUUGAAGCCCGCACCAAAGCAAAUAAGGGAUGUGCUAAUUCUGGAAGUAUGGAGUGGAGGGUUAAUCCACAUUCUGGAUUUUUUCCUCACAAUUCAAGGGUGAAACGAGAUGUCCGCGAGGCAACCAAAUACAUCGAGACAGCAUUAGUUAUAGAUAAAGCGAUGUUCGACAAAAGAAACGGGAGUACUAGGAACGACGUCGUACACGAUUCCAUCCAAGUGGCAAAUAUCGCCGAUCUUUAUUUUAGAACUUUAAAUACCAGGGUAUCAGUAGUUUACGUUGAAACAUGGCAGGGAGCAAACCAAGCAAUGAUAAAUCCAAAUGAAGAUAUAGGAAAAGCUUUAUCGAAUUUCAAUGAUUAUUCUGCAAGAAAAUUAUUCAAGGUCGAUAAAGAUACAACACAACUUCUCACCGGUGAAGUCUUCGUUGGCGGAGAAGCUGGAAUGGCUGUUCCCGCGACUGUUUGUACAGCGAAAUCUGUUGGAAUUAGCGUAGAUAUCAAUACUUACGAACCUCAUUUAUUAGCUGGAACAAUGGCACAUAUGAUAGGACAUAACAUCGGUAUGGGUCACGAUGAUGGUAGGGAGGAAUGUUCUUGUAGGGACUGGCAUGGAUGUAUUAUGGCUCAAGCAAUAGUCGGACAAGACAACGUACAACCUUACAAAUUUUCGGAAUGUAGUAAAGAAGAUUAUAUCGACCGAUUAAGAACAGGAAAUGGGAUUUGUCUGCUCAAUAAACCAAACGAACUUACAGAUCGUCGCACUUGCGGUAACAACAUAGUGGAAGAAGGUGAAGAUUGUGAUUGCGGUAGCAUAGAGAACUGUCACAAAAACAAUCCGUGUUGUGAUCCGAUCACUUGCAAACUCACCAAAGAAGCCCAAUGCGCUUCGGGCAGCUGUUGUGAAGACUGUCAAUUAAAAGAGAAAGGUGUUAUUUGUAGAGAAGCUACCAACGAAUGCGAUUUACCGGAACGUUGUACUGGAGUUACAGGAGAAUGUCCAAUAGAUACGUUCAAGAAAAACGGCAGCCCUUGUGAAAGCAAUACAGGACAAUGUUUCAACGGAUUGUGUCCGACUUUGAGCGUACAGUGCGAGCAUAUAUGGGGAUUAGGAGGGAUAGAAGCCGAUCCGCAAUGCUACGAACAGUUCAAUUCUAAAGGUUCUAUUAACGGACAUUGUGGAAGUGACAAUACCGGAAGAUUUAUUAAGUGCUCAUUGGAAAACGUAAAAUGCGGUUCGCUGCAAUGCCAACUGGGUAACAGAUAUCCAGUUGUAGAAGGAUUGGAUCAACCGCAGGAUCAUUCUAGGACUAUCAUUUCUACGAAAGGUCACGAAUACGAAUGCAAGACGACGGCUGGACGAAAGGACAUCACCAAUCCGAAAACUGUUGAUCUCACUUACUUAGGACUAGUCAGAGAUGGUACACCGUGUGGGGAAAACCUCAUUUGCCUUAACCAGACCUGUACUAGCAUCUUUCCGUAUAUUAAACAAGACAAAUGUCCUUCGAACCAAGCCAGCAAUGAAUGCUCUGGCCAUGGGGUUUGCACUAACCAAAACAAGUGUUUCUGUGAUUCCGGUUGGACCGGCAGUGAUUGCUCAAUUCAAAUGGAAACGACUCCACCACCUUCUCAAGCGACGUUGUCUCCAGGUUUAUCACCUACUAAUCUACAAGAACAAAUGACAAAGAAAGAAACCCCCUACGAUGCCGAUAAUGCUGACAACAUUAGUACUUUAUAUCUGGUUAUACUCAUGGUCGGCGUCGUUGCACUGGUUUUUGCUUGUUUUACUGUAUUGGCAGUUUGUUACAGGAAAACGACCGUACGUAAAUAUGAAAAAGAAUGCAAGCAGCCUAUACAGAAAAACUUCGUAGUGACCGGCAACCAUUCCCAGGAAGACUGUUUAGAUAAUAACAAGAUACUCACACUUGGUCCUGGAAGUGUGACGUCUUUUGGCCGUGCCGAUUCUCAAAGGGUGCUCUUUAGACCAACGAACCAUAUGGGAGCUGGAGGAGCAGCACAUUUCCAAGACCACAAAAUGCAGCAAUUGAAAAGGAUAGGCGUUGGAUCAUCUGCUGAAGAAGAUCAAUCUCAAUCAGAGAAAAAGGGGAUUCUGAAGAAGCACGACUACGGUAUGUUAUUAUUGGGAGACGGAAAAGAAAAUUGGGUAAACAGUACGCAAAACGACGAGAUUUUAAGUCAAGUUGAUAUUUCGGAGUUGACCAGUGGAGCGGAAGUCGAAAGAACUUUGAAAACUUUGAAUGGAUAUCAUGAAGAUAUAAUAAAGGCGUUAAGGAAUGCUGCUACACAUAGGGGUACCUCGACGCCUAGCGGAAGCACUAGUGCUUUGAGUGAAGAGUUAUUGAGAAGGAGUAUUGCGCAAGUAGCAGAAAGUUAUUCUGAUUAUAAGAGAAGUGGCAGUAAAGAAACUAUUUGCGAGCCAUCGGUGGUGAUAGAGCAAGAAGAGGAAGACGACGACGAUGUCCCUCCUUGCGGGCCGAUCCGCAUCCGUAAUCUAGAAGAUCUAAUCCGGCAACUCGAGCAUCAUUCGCGUCACAUGAGCCCGAGCGGAUCCGAAGAUAUUCGAAUGUCAGAAACCGAAGCCGAUCGACAUUAUCGACAAGAAUCCUCCUCGGCUUGCAGCGAGAGCUCCCAUCAAUCGCACAGGGACUCACGCUUCGUUUAUGGUCGCUACAGGCAGCCGUCGUCAAGGCUACCUUAUCCUCAUCCCCAUAGCCAUCACCAAGUCGAGGAGGAGAGUAUAUACGAAACCGCAGAUCAUGAAAGAGGAGUACCAUGCGGUGAUACUCCUGAUAGUGAAAGUGAUGAAUUUAUUCAAGCUCAGCAGCAACUAGCCCGGUGGGCGAGUGAAGACGCGAUGGGGGUUCAGCCAGGUCCCAGCGGCGGCGGCAACGUAAGCAAUACCGUACCACGAGAAUACUAUCCUUCUCCUAGUAGUUCGACGAGCGAAGAGCCACCGAGCAUCGCUCGAGCGCCAGCGCCGACGCCUGGAGGUCAUGUCCCCCAUCCCGAUCACGCGACUAUCCACAGGCCGAAGAGAUACCCCGAAUAUAAACACUGAUAGUGACUCACGGGCGCCUUCGAGGCGCUGUACUCUCGUAGGCCCGAUCUUGACCUAGCCACGUAUACGCCCGCGAGGUACGUCGAUCACCGCUCGAAUCUUUCGUUGCCGAGACGAGUGAGCGCUCAAAUCGCGGACACUGUUAUUUAAAUCGUGAUAGUGAUGCUUUUAUUAAAACUUAAUCGAAUACUGAUAAUUUAUUAAAUUCACAGAACCUAGGUUAGGUUAAUACGGAUAAUCUGGAUCUAAGUUGGUUGUGGUUUACUCAAAUACCCAUUGUAGAACAAAACCUGAUAGAUGAAUUUGUUGUAAUCUUAUAACUAACAAGCUUUUGGCAACAGAGAAAUAUUUAUAAACGGAAAGUAAGAGUUUUUUUGAAAGUUUGUUAGAUGUUUAUUGUUAGAUGGUGGCGCUGUCCAUUCUAUGGAUUCUAACCCCCAUAUGAAACCAUUGGGAAAAAUGACUCCAAAGUAAUGGCACUCAUAACCACGGUAUUUUCAAGGUUUAGCUAGCCAAAGUUGUCACGGAAAAUUUUACUUAAAACUACCGCAUAUCAAGACCUGAAUGAGAAAUCAAUUAUCAAGAUACUGUAACCAGUUCUGCUAAUUACUUGAUAUCUUUUUGUUUAUGAUAAUUGUUGUAAUAAAGAUUUUUUUCAGUAUAGCAAAAAAAGAAUUCUCAUUCGAAAUGACACGAAAAGAAAAAUCACGUUUUCCUUUUGGAUUUUUCUCACUAUAAUCCAAUUCAGAUUGAAUUUUCUUAAGAACGUUAUCAAAUUAAUUAAGUAGAAUAUUCAUUGCAAAAGUUUUCUUCUGAAAUUUAUAGAGAAAACGAUUUCCUUACACGUACUUCACAACUAAUCAUCUUAUAUAUACAAUUAUAAUUUGAUCGGAUUGUACAACUUAGUCCGACCCUGGAGGCUGUAGUACUCAACACCUUUACUGUUUUUGUCCUCUUGUAUUAGGUUGAUUGUUAUUUCGUGUUAUAUAUUUUGAAAAGCAAAUUGAAUUACUUUAAAAGAAAGUAAAUAGGCAGGGUAGCAGGCGAAAACAGUGGCAAACGUGUGGAACAAUUACGGGGGUCCCUCCUGAGGGACUGAUACGCUCAAAAUGUUCCUCCAAGUUUGUUUUUCCAUUGUAUUCCAAUUUAACUCAUUAAGUAUCUCACCUCAUGUACAAACGAGAAAGAUGAUCUUCAUAUGUAAAUGAGGAGAAAACUUGAAGAAAAGUACGAAAAAUGUGAUAUUAUCUCAUAUUGGUCAAGAUUUUGUUCUGGAAAAUAAUGAUACAAUCAAAAAAUGUGAUCAAGAUUGAAAAGUGUCUAAAAUGAGAAACAAAUGGGUGUGGGAAAGACUGUAUAGAAAGGAAACAACUGGUAUGUUCACAGAAUGACAGAAGCAAGAUUACAAAAGAAAGUAACGAGAUAGAUGCAACUCUGAUAAGAUUAACAGAAACAAAACGUUUAAUAAAUAUCUACCAUUUUUUUGGAAGUUUAUGGUUCACAAUGGAAGUAACUUGAAUUCCAAAGGGGAUGUUAUAUUCCAGCAAGACUAGGCUACGUCAAAAAUCAGAUUAAAAUAUUUUGAAGAUAGUGAUAUACCGUUUUUUGAAGAAGGACGUACCUGCACCUCCUGCAACAUCAGUGGAAGUAUUGAAGGCCAGGCUACGAAAAUAUGGUACUCAAUCAAAAUUAGAGGCAUUAAUUUCUAUGAAAAGUCAUUUUUCUAAAGUUUGUUACUAUAUAAUUAUUAUUAUUGGAAUCAGUUGUAAAUGAGGUUGUAAUUUUUGUCAAAGUAUUUGAUAACAUGAAUUUCUUCUUAUAAAUCUAGAGAUGUACCAAUUGAUAACGGACAGGAUAUUCUAUAUCAAAAUUUGGGAAUGAAGUGGAUUCCAAAGAAAAACUCUAAAAAUUAACUCAGCGAUAGUUUAAGUGAACAGAAAAUAAAAUAUCACUGUAAUAAGGACUCGAAUAAUUCUUUCAAACUUAGCAAUAUACUGACUUCUUAUACAACAACAAAAAAAUAAGUCUUUUUCAAGCAAAGAAUUGAUAUAUCUAUAGCUGAGGGUAAAAAAUAUUUCCUCAACGCAUUUCGUAAUCAGAAAGAAGACCAGCUCCGACUCUAAAAUAUCACCAGGUGUCGAUAUGAAAAGUAAAAAGGGCUGCCCUUCGAGAAAAAAUCUAUCAUCCCCUCUUUGCAAAGAUUUUUGAGAAGAUACUUACUGAAAGAUAUCUUCAUCUUCAUCCCCUCUUUGCAAAGAUUUUUGAGAAGAUACUUACUGAAAGAUAUCUUCAUCUUCUUCCCCUCUUGGCAAAUAUUUUUGAGAAGCAUGAGCCAGGAAAGUAGUUGUUUUCUCCCUCGAAGAACGGCAGAAUACAUUUGCAAAAUAAUAAAUUUCGAAAUAAGUAUCACAAUAAGAGCGAGAAAGUAUUCGUGAUGUGAUAUCUUCAUCUUCUUCCCCUAUUCGAAAAGUUUGUUGAGAAGAUACUUACUGAAAGAUAUCUUCAUCUUCAUCCCCUCUUUGCAAAGAUUUUUGAGAAGAUACUUACUGAAAGAUAUCUUCAUCUUCAUCCCCUCUUUGCAAAGAUUUUUGAGAAGAUACUUACUGAAAGAUAUCUUCAUCUUCAUCCCCUCUUUGCAAAGAUUUUUGAGAAGAUACUUACUGAAAGAUAUCUUCAUCUUCAUCCCCUCUUUGCAAAGAUUUUUGAGAAGAUACUUACUGAAAGAUAUCUUCAUCUUCUUCCCCUCUUGGCAAAUAUUUUUGAGAAGCAUGAGACAGGAAAGUAGUUGUAUUCUCCCUCGAAGAACGGCAGAAUACAUUUGCAAAAUAAUAAA